CAGGUGAGCAGAGGCCAUACUCCACCUCCGGUGGUCGAGGUCCAGAGGAUCAAGUACCGAGAAGGAAACCCCGCCUCCGCGGCUCCUGCGCGCCCCGCCCAGGCCCGCAGCGCGGCUGCAGCGCGAGGGGCGGAGAGGCACAGCGCGGCGAGAGGACCAGACGCCCAGGUCGCCCGCAUCCAGUGCCGCAGGAGACCCACCUUCGCCGGGGCGUCUCAGCUGCUCCCUCGGCCCCAGCGACAGACCACCUGUCCUCCGCCUCCAUCCCAGCUCAGCGCUCCUUCCCUCCGGCGCACACGCUACUCCUUGCAGCCGGAGACGCGCCCGAGCCCCUCCUCGGUGACCACCAUGGCGGAGACCAACAACGAAUGCAGCAUCAAGGUGCUUUGCCGAUUUCGGCCCCUGAACCAGGCCGAGAUUCUGAGGGGGGACAAGUUCAUCCCCAUUUUCCAAGGGGACGACAGCGUCAUUAUUGGGGGAAAGCCAUAUGUGUUUGACCGAGUGUUCCCCCCAAACACGACUCAGGAGCAGGUUUAUCAUGCAUGUGCCAUGCAGAUCGUCAAAGAUGUCCUUGCUGGCUACAAUGGCACCAUUUUUGCUUAUGGACAGACAUCCUCAGGGAAAACACACACCAUGGAGGGCAAGCUGCAUGACCCUCAGCUGAUGGGCAUCAUCCCUCGGAUUGCCCGGGACAUCUUCAACCACAUCUACUCCAUGGAUGAGAACCUGGAAUUCCAUAUUAAGGUGUCUUACUUUGAGAUUUACCUGGAUAAGAUCCGGGACCUUCUGGAUGUGACCAAGACAAACCUGUCUGUGCAUGAGGACAAAAACCGGGUGCCGUUUGUCAAGGGCUGUACCGAACGCUUCGUGUCUAGCCCAGAAGAGAUUUUGGAUGUGAUCGACGAGGGGAAGUCAAACCGACACGUGGCUGUCACCAAUAUGAAUGAGCACAGUUCCCGGAGCCACAGCAUCUUCCUCAUCAACAUCAAGCAGGAGAACAUCGAGACGGAGCAGAAGCUCAGUGGGAAGCUCUACCUCGUGGACCUGGCUGGAAGCGAGAAGGUGAGCAAGACAGGGGCAGAGGGAGCCGUGCUGGAUGAGGCAAAGAACAUCAACAAGUCGCUGUCCGCCCUGGGGAACGUGAUCUCCGCUCUGGCUGAGGGCACUAAAAGCUACGUGCCAUACCGUGACAGCAAAAUGACUCGGAUUCUCCAGGACUCGCUGGGAGGAAACUGCAGGACCACCAUGUUCAUCUGUUGCUCGCCCUCCAGCUACAAUGACGCAGAGACCAAGUCCACCCUGAUGUUUGGGCAGCGGGCGAAGACCAUUAAGAACACGGCCUCUGUGAAUCUGGAGCUGACUGCUGAGCAAUGGAAGAAGAAGUAUGAGAAGGAGAAGGAGAAGACUAAGACCCAGAAGGAGACAAUUGCGAAGCUGGAGGCCGAGCUGAGCCGGUGGCGCAAUGGGGAGAAUGUGCCUGAGACUGAGCGCCUGGCAGGAGAAGACUCAGCUCUGGGAGCCGAGCUCCUUGAGGAGACCCCAGUGAAUGACAACUCAUCCAUUGUGGUCCGCAUCGCACCUGAAGAGAGGCAGAAGUAUGAGGAAGAGAUCCGCCGUCUCUACAAGCAGCUUGAUGACAAGGACGAUGAGAUCAACCAGCAGAGCCAACUCAUUGAGAAGCUGAAGCAGCAGAUGUUGGACCAGGAAGAGCUGCUAGUGUCCACUCGGGGAGACAAUGAGAAGGUCCAGCGGGAGCUGAGCCACCUACAGUCAGAGAACGAUGCUGCAAAGGAUGAGGUGAAGGAAGUGCUGCAGGCCCUGGAGGAGCUGGCAGUGAACUACGACCAGAAGUCCCAGGAGGUGGAGGAGAAGAGCCAACAGAACCAGCUCCUGGUGGAUGAGCUGUCCCAGAAAGUGGCCACUAUGCUGUCCUUGGAGUCUGAGCUACAGCGGCUCCAGGAGGUCAGUGGACACCAGCGGAAACGGAUCGCUGAGGUACUGAAUGGGCUGAUGAAGGACCUGAGUGAAUUCAGUGUCAUCGUGGGCAACGGAGAGAUUAAGCUGCCAGUGGAGAUCAGCGGGGCCAUCGAAGAGGAGUUCACUGUGGCCCGGCUCUACAUCAGCAAGAUCAAGUCAGAGGUUAAGUCUGUGGUGAAGCGGUGUCGACAGCUGGAGGGCCUCCAGGUGGAGUGUCACAGAAAGAUGGAGGUGACUGGGAGGGAGCUGUCAUCUUGCCAGCUGCUCAUCUCUCAGCACGAGGCCAAGAUCCGCUCGCUUACAGAGUACAUGCAGAGUGUGGAGCUGAAGAAACGGCACCUGGAAGAGUCCUAUGACUCCCUGAGUGAUGAACUAGCCAAGCUUCAGGCACAGGAAACUGUGCACGAAGUGGCUCUGAAGGACAAGGAGCCAGAUGCACAGGAUGCAGAGGAGGUGAAGAAGGCCCUGGAAGUACAGAUGGAGAAUCACCGUGAGGCCCAUCACCGGCAGCUGGCCCGCCUCCGAGAUGAGAUCAAUGAGAAACAGAAGACCAUUGAUGAGCUGAAAGACCUGAACCAGAAACUUCAGUUAGAGCUGGAGAAGCUUCAAGCUGAUUACGAGAGGUUGAAGAAUGAAGAGCAUGAGAAAAGCGCCAAACUCCAGGAGCUGACAUUUCUGUAUGAGCGACAUGAGCAGUCCAAGCAGGACCUCAAGGGGCUGGAGGAGACAGUUGCCCGGGAACUCCAGACCCUCCACAACCUUCGCAAGCUGUUCGUUCAAGACGUCACGACUCGAGUCAAGAAAAGUGCAGAAAUGGAGCCCGAGGACAGUGGGGGGAUUCAUUCCCAAAAGCAGAAGAUCUCCUUUCUUGAGAACAACCUGGAACAGCUUACAAAGGUUCACAAACAGCUGGUACGUGACAAUGCAGAUCUGCGUUGUGAGCUUCCUAAGUUGGAAAAACGACUUAGGGCUACGGCUGAGAGAGUUAAGGCCCUGGAGGGCGCACUGAAGGAGGCCAAGGAGGGCGCCAUGAAGGACAAGCGUCGGUACCAGCAGGAGGUGGACCGUAUCAAGGAAGCCGUGCGGUACAAGAGCUCCGGCAGGCGGGGCCAUUCUGCCCAGAUUGCUAAACCUGUGAGGCCUGGCCACUACCCAGCCUCCUCACCCACGAACCCCUAUGGCACCCGGAGCCCCGAGUGUAUCAGUUACACUAACAACCUCUUCCAGAACUACCAGAGCCUGCACUUACAGGCUGCACCAAGCUCCACCUCAGAUAUGUACUUUGCUAACUCCUGUGCCAGCAAUGGGGCCACAUCUGGUGGCUCCUUGGCUUCCUACCAGAAGGCCAACAUGGACAAUGGAAAUGCGACAGACAUCAACGAUAACAGGAGUGAUCUGCCGUGCGGCUAUGAAGCUGAGGACCAGGCCAAGCUUUUCCCCCUCCACCAAGAGACAGCAGCCAGCUAACUCUCAUUCCUGGCUAUGUUCUGCACUUUCAGUUUCUGAGAGGGCCUGAGGCGUCUUCUCUCAGCAUGCUGCAAAGCCUGUGGUCUCUCACUAACUCCCUCCCCGCCCGUGCUGUUGGACUCUUUGAUGUCUCCUCUUACUGCGUAUCUCUUUGUACUCUGUAUCUAUAUAUCUGAAGUCGCUGCUACAUCUCCCCUCUCUCCGUCCUACUCUAUAUCUGAUGAUGUAUUUUAGCAGUUUUUAAGCCUAGUCUCCCCUCCUCGUUCGGCAUUAGGGAGGUGGGAAAUGUCUCUUCUUUCUUCCAUACACUCGUUUCUUACUCUGAGUGAUGUUAGUCACUGCGUGGAGGUCACAAGAUGAUAUAGGAAAGAUGGGAGCUAGGAGCUGCAAUCCUUCUCUCUCAACAAACACAUGUGCAUGCGUGCACACACACAAACAGUGUAUAUACAAAGCCUUAAGCAGAAGAAUGUUUUAGCAUCUACGAAAAGAGAGAAACAGAACCCCUCUUUACAGAGUACAGAGGAGGACCCAGUGGCAGGGCUGCUAACUUACCUGCUCCUGUAGCCCCUCACCUGUGUCACGACACUGCAGGGGUUUACUUUUGUCCUGUGGAGUCUCUGCCUUUUGCUCCGUUCUUCCUCAGUCUGAGAGCAGGGACUGCUAAGGGGCUGUUUCCCUUUCUGGCCCAGGUCUCUUUUGAUACUUUGUACUCCAGACAUCACAACCAGAACUUAGAGUUAGUUUUAGAAAUAUUCUAAGAAGUUGAGAAGGCAGACCUCUGAGGAAUGGCUGUCCAUCUGUCUGUGCCGAUAGCUGCGGAGUCAGAGUGGCUGCUUCCCUGGGUGUGGGGAGGGAACAGGCUGGGCAACCUUAUGCUUUCCUACCACAGUGCCCUUUGAAGCCUCAGACUUGCUCCUCCUCCCACAUUGGGCUGCAUGUGCUUCCCACCUCUGGCUCUGGUUUGGGGCUUCCAGUUCAUUGGCAUAAUAGCUGUGUCUAAAUGCUGGAGUCUGGCCUUUCCCAGUCUACCUUCUUCCCAGAUUGAGUUCCUUAUGCAAUCUCCAUCUGGUUCCAAGUGCAUUUUAAAGGCAGGGGUGGAGGAGCAGGCAGCCUCCUUAGCGCAGGAAAAGGCUUUGGUUUUGAUCCCCAGCACUGCAAAAGCCAAAGCUGGGUGUGGAGGCUCACACUUUCGGAUGUUGCUCCCAGAAAGCUGAUGUAGGAAAAUUGCUAGAUUUGAGGUUAGCCUACGCAGUUCAGGACACCUUGAGCUAUAGCGAGAAGAAACUCUGUCUCAAAACAAAACAAAGUAACAAAGGGAUAGGCCAAGUCUUCUGAGAAGUUAGAGGCAAAGUGCUUGCUUGAGCCUAAUGCUCUUCCCACAGCCGUCCUCAGCCCAGGUCCUCUCCUCUCCUGCAAUCAAGAGGAUAUUGCUUUAGUUGACAUGGGCCUUUCCACGCAUCUGCUGAGGUGAUUUUCCAGGUAACUACAGGGGUGAAGGCUAACUCAACACAAGCCAAGAAAUACAGAAUCUAGAUAUACCUGGUCUUACCUAGAUGGGAGACCAGCACCGUCCAAUAGCAGGGCAGCCAGCCGCCCAGAUCCUUAUAGGUCUAGGAACACUGGAUGACAGCUGGUGAACAUGGGCUGGAGUGACUGUGACCCCUUCAAGGGAAAGCCUCAGCUCUUUUUACCUGUUAAGGAAUGAUGGAGAUGCAGACAGUAGGAGAGUGGUGUGGGAGAAAUCCAAAGUGGCAAUUUCCCAAACACUUUUUAAAAUAAAUCUUGUGUAGGAUGACAUAGGGCUUUGAUUGUGGCUCAGUGGUACCAUGCUUGUCUUGGACACUUUAAUGUGACAAGUCUGAGGGUCCGGUCUAUCACUGGAACUGCAAAAACCAAGAAACAACUGAAAUGAUAAAGCAGUUCAGAGCUGGGAAGUUUAUAAUUUCUUUCUUCUUAUACCUUUUCCCCCAAGUGGAAAAUGCUUAAUUAGUUGAAGGGCCCCGGAACAGUCCUAAGAGCCUGGGAAACACUUAUUUGCAAGAUGGGUGCAUUCUGGUUUCCCUAAAACCACAACUCAAAAGGAAGGUUGUGGGGACAGAUGAGUCAUGCUGCCUCAGACUAGUGGGUGAAAGAGGAAGACAGUGUCCUGCCUGUGGCCUCAUGCCAGCAGAACACCUGAGAGUCUGAGGGAGGUUGUGUGACCUUGCCACCAAAUGGUAUACAGCCGAGCAGGCGAAGAGAGGGUGACAGAGUGGGCAGCCUUCUCUUCAGCAAGAUGUAAGGAACAAUGCCAGUUGCUCAUACUAACGAGAAGCAGCCCCUUUGCCAGAAGGUUCUCAGUACGCCCUCCCUCCUUACAUUCACUUUGUCCCUUUCAGAGAGCCAGGUCACCACAAAGGCCACCUGGCCUGCCCACUCACUUCUGCCAAAAUGUUGCAUGCCAGCGUGGAAGACACUGCACAAAUCCCAGUGUGUAUUUACUUAGUGGACACAGAUACCUUUAAAAUAAAAUAAAUUCAUUAAUGAC